AUGUCGAGCGACGCGCCCAGUCAACUCCGAUCCGCAGAUGAUUUCCACAUCCAGAACUCACCAACCGAUAUCAACCAGGCUCCCCUGAGCGACAACUACCAAGAAUCGUUCAUUGAUAUUGCGGCAUUGGCCAUUACUUUCCUUUUGAUGACAACGUUUAUCGCCAUCCUGCUCUACGCCUGGCGAAAGAGAUGUGACGGUCGACGAAAUGCCUGUCGGGCCUGUCACACACGCCAGCACAGCAAUCUGAGCUGCCGCGAUGACGACUUGGAGGACAUUGACCUUGUCUUCGACGACAAGGACGUUGUUGGCAAACAAGACUAA